UCCUCCUCCAUUUAGAGCGUCCCAGCGAGCUCGAGCUCGAGCUGGAGCUGUGUAGAGCGAGAGAGGGAAGAGGACGAUCGGUUUCAGGAGCUUCUUUACCUGAUUAAGCUUAGAUUGUUGGCUGAGAUUGUUGUUGCGGGUUGAUCGAGGGUGGUGCGGGGGAUGCCGUGUUCGUCGGCGACGGCUGCUCAGGCGGCGUGGCUGCUGCAGGUGGGGGCGGCGGCGGAGCAGGCGUCGUCGUCGUCGUCGUCGAAGGGAGGAGGAAGGGUGCUGACGGCGGGGACGACGACCAUGGACACGGGUGGGGGAGGCGGGGCGGGGUACAACGGUGGGGGCGGCAAUGCCGGUGACCACCAGGAGAGCAGCAGCAGCGGGCAGUCGAGGCUGGCGGCGCGGGGGCACUGGCGCCCCGCCGAGGACGCCAAGCUCCGGGAGCUCGUCGCGCUGUACGGCCCGCAGAACUGGAACCUCAUCGCCGAGAGGCUCGACGGCAGAUCCGGGAAGAGCUGCAGGCUGCGGUGGUUCAACCAGCUGGACCCGCGGAUCAGCAAGCGGCCGUUCAGCGACGAGGAGGAGGAGCGGCUGAUGGCGGCGCACCGGUUCUACGGCAACAAGUGGGCGAUGAUCGCGCGGCUCUUCCCCGGCCGGACCGACAACGCCGUCAAGAACCACUGGCACGUCAUCAUGGCGCGCAAGUACCGGGAGCAGUCCACCGCCUACCGCCGCCGCAAGCUCAACCAGGCCGUCCAGCGCAAGCUCGAGGCUGCCGCCGUCGCCUCCUCCAUGCCCCCCUCCGCCGCCGACGUCGUCGUCGGCCACCACCACCACCACCUCAUCGCCGCCGCCCACGACCCCUACGCCUUCAGCUUCCGCCACUACUGCUUCCCUUUUCCCGGCUCCCCUGCCACCGCCGCCGCCGACGAGCCCCCCUUCACCUGCUUGUUCCCUGUCGGUGCUGGGACGGCGGCGAGCGUAGCGGCUGCGGCGGGGCACGGCGGCCUGUCCUGGCCAGACGCCAUGGCCGCCGGAGGAGGAGGUGGGGUCGUCAUGGACGGCGGUGGCGGCCGCUACAUGGUGGAGCCACCCCCGUUCCUAAUGCCGGCGGCGGCGCACGGCGGCAACGCCGCCUGGCUCGCCCACGGCCACGGCCACGCUCACGACAUCAUGAUACUGAACGGCGGCGACGCCGGCGCCGGCUUGGACCAGGGCGGCGGCUUCGAGGUGGUGACGGCGGCGUCGCCGACGUUCAUCGACUUCCUCGGCGUCGGCGCGACAUGA